AUGUCAUUAUCGGGUUAUGUUGCUCAUAAGUUAAGUAAGAAUAAACCGGGAAAUAGAUCUGAUAUUGGUUGGGAGUAUGGAAUUGAUGUUGAUAGCAAUUCUAAGAAAGUUAAAUGCAAAUUAUGCUCUAAAAUAUUCUCGGGUGGAAUAUAUCGUUUCAAACAUCAUUUAUCUUGUACACACAAAGAUGCUGAGCCUUGUAUUAGUGUUCCUGAUGAUGUGAAAUUAAAGACAGUGGAUAAGAUAUUUCAAAUGUUAGAUGCAAUUGUAGAAGAAGUUGGAGAAGAGAAUGUUGUUCAAAUAGUUAGUGACAAUGCUGCUAAUUACAAAUUAGUUGGUGAGUUGUUGAUGGAAAAAAGAAAAAGGUUAUAUUGGACUCCUUGUGCUGCCCAUUGUAUUGAUCUCAUGUUAGAAGAUUUUGAGAAAAAAAUACAUGUUCAUACCUUGACAAUUCAGAGUGCCAAAAGCAUAACAAGUUCAAGAAAUUGGAAAUCAAGUUCAUUCUCGAGUACGGUUGAUGGAAAGAAAAUUGAGGCAAUGGUUAUUGGUAGUCGAUUAUGGUCAAAUAUAAUUACAUGUCUCAAAGCUGCGAGACCUCUAAUUAAAGUACUUAGAAUGGUGGAUUCAGAUGUUAAGCCUGCCAUGGGUUUUAUUUAUGAACAAAUGGAUGAAGCUAAAGAAAAGAUUAGAGUCAACUUCAACAAUAUAAAGAGAAAUUGUGAUUUUAAAUCUAAUUUUCAGAUUAAAAAGGGUUUAUAUAGUUGUAUUGAAAGGAUGAUAACAGAUGAAAAUAUGAUAAGUAAGAUAGAUAGCCAGCUUGAAUCAUUUAAAAAUGCAAGAGGAUUAUUUGGUUCUAAAUUUGCAAAAAUGGCAAUAAGCACAAAGUCUCCAGCUGAAUGGUGGGAUUCUUAUGGUGAUGAAUGUCCAGAGCUACAAAUGUUUGCUAUUAGAAUACUUAGUCUUACUUGCAGUUCAUCUGGAUGUGAACGGAAUUGGAGUGCAUUUGAAAUGGUGCAUACAAAGCGUAGAAAUUAUCUACAUCAACAAAAAAUGAAUGACUUGGUAUUUGUCAUGUACAACAUGAAGUUAAAUGACACGCAAGUAUUAAGAAAAUAUGUUGAAGAUGUUUCUUCUGAUGAUGAGUGGAUAACUAAAGAAAAUGAUGCGUAUAAUUCAUCGUCAUCUCAAACACGUUUAUUUAUAGAUAGUACUGAAUCUAGAGAAAACGAAGAAGAAAUAUGCGAGGAAGAUGGUGAAAAAGAAGGAGUAGAAAGAGAUGAUGAUGAUGAAGUUGAUGAUUAUGUUGAAGUUGAUGAUGCUAUGGAUGAUUUAGACAACUUUGAUGUUAACAAUGAGACAAAUGUUGAUGAUUUAAUUUCUUGA